AUGGAGCUGGAACAUUUAGGUGGUGGUGGGGUUAAACCAGAGAGGGGCACCAAUCGUCUCUACAAAAUAGCUCUGGUCAUGUGUGUGUGUAUCUGUGCUGCUCUACUGCUGGCUCUCAUACUGGUUUCUCAGAAAUCCAGCCAAGAACAGUUCUGUCUAACUCCAGAAUGCAUCGAAGCAGCUGGGUCUAUUUUAAGUAAGAUGGAUCAGUCUGUUGACCCUUGUCAAGACUUUUACACAUUCUCUUGUGGUGGUUGGUUAAAGGAGAACCCCAUUCCUGAAGAUUCAUCCUCAUAUGGCAUCUACCCGUGGCUGCGACAGCAAGUGGACUUAAAACUCAAAGAGUUACUAGAGGCACCUUCGGAUGCUGAUGAGCUACAGGCUGUAACCAAAGCUAAAAUCCUCUACCGCUCCUGUAUGAAUGAAACAAUACUGGAGAAGCUGGAUGCCAAACCAUUGCUGAAAACACUGAAACAGCCCGAGUUCCGUUGGCCUGUGGUGGGGGAUGGGCGUGGCGGGGAGUAUCAGUGGUCACAGAGUCAGUGGAGUCUCCUUAAGACCCUGGCAGAGAUGAGAAACCAGCACAGCAAGAGUGUCCUGAUACGCCUGUACGUCUCUCCUGAUGACAGAAACUCCUCACACUACAUCAUCAAGCUAGACCAGGCUUCGUUGUCUCUGCCUUCCAAGGAAGACUACACCACCAACACUUCCUCUGCUCUCGCGAAUCGCGCUGCCUUGCUCAGUCUCAUGGUGGACAUGGCCGUCAUGCUCGGCGCCUCAGAGAAAGCAGCACAGGCUCAGAUGGAAACGGCUCUUGCAUUUGAGACCAAAGUGGCUCAUAUCCUGAUUCCUUAUGAAAACCGCACCAGCGAGGCCAUGUACAACAGAUACACACUUUCCCGGCUGCAGAGCUCCUUACCACAGUUCGACUGGCUCAGUUUUGUGAAAGCUGUGGUGGAGGCUGAUGAUGAUCCAGAUCGGAUCAUUUCCUCAUCCGAGCCCAUCAUUGUCAGAACUCCCAAGUACUUCAAGGACCUCAUGAAGCUCAUCAACACCACAGAGCCCAGGACAGUAGCUAACUACGUCCAAUGGAGGAGCGUCUUUUCCAGGAUCACCACUUUGAGCCGUCGAUUCCUCUACAGAUACCUGGACUAUGCUCGGAUCACCACUGGGACCACCUCUCUGACCCCUCGCUGGGACAAGUGUGUCAACUACGUUGAGAACUCCCUAGCUUACGCCACCGGGCGCCUUUUUGUCAACACCCACUUCCAGGAGGACAAGAAACAUAUGAUGGAAGAGCUGAUUGAUGGUGUUCGAUGGGCAUUUACUGACAUGUUGAAGAAAGAGAAUGAUUGGAUGGACCAAGAAACUAAAAAGAGAGCCAUUGAGAAGGCUCAUGCAGUCCUGGCUAAGGUUGGAUAUCCAGAGUUUAUUUUGAACGAUACGUACCUCUGUGAAGAUCUACAGCAGCUAGAGUUCAAUGAAAAGGAUUACUACGGUAAUGUGAUGCAGACACUGACCUUCAUCGCCCAGGCUGACAUCUCGUGGCUGCGAAAGAGCGUCCCACGAUCAGAGUGGUUUACAAACCCAACAACCGUGAACGCCUUCUACAGUUCCUCAACAAAUCAAAUCAGAUUCCCUGCUGGAGAGCUCCAGAAACCUUUCUUCUGGGGUAGAGAGUAUCCAAGAUCUUUAAGUUAUGGUGCCAUUGGGGUGAUAGUUGGGCAUGAGUUAACUCACGGCUUUGACAAUAACGGUCGCAAAUAUGACAAAAAUGGUAAUCUGGACCAGUGGUGGAGUAUGUCAUCAGUGGCGGCCUUCACUGAGAAGACUCAGUGUAUGAUUGAUCAGUACAACGACUACUACUGGGAGGAAUCUGGCCUGAAUGUGCGCGGUAAGAGAACACUAGCAGAAAACAUAGCAGACAACGGGGGAAUAAGAGAAGCAUUCAGGGCUUACAGGCGGUGGGUGGAUGAGAGCAGAGGAGGUGUGGAGGAGCCUCUGCUGCCAGGAGUGGAGUUGAGCAACAAUCAACUGUUUUUCCUGAGCUACGCACAUGUUAGAUGUAAUUCCUAUAGACCAGAAGCAGCCAGAGAGCAGAUUCAGAAUGGAGCUCACAGUCCACCAAAAUACAGAGUCAUUGGAGCCAUGAGUAACUACAAGGAGUUCCAGAAAGCGUUCAACUGUCCCGAGUCAUCAGUGAUGAACCGAGGAGCCCAGUCCUGCCGGGUGUGGUGAUCUCUGACCACACUUUGACACAAAAACUCUGACCAUAGGGCUUGACAACAUUACCAAGACUGUUCCCACGGUGAAGGAAAACUAAAGGCAUGGGUUGUUCUCUUUGAAACUCACUGAAGUAUGUGU